CCCAUUAGCAUUCUUCAGCAUUCUUCUCAAUUAUAUUGAAUUAUAUUUUGAAGUGGUAUCAACCAUGCCAAAUUCUAUUUAAAUACAAUUUUUUACUCUGUUUUGUACGUUUCAAUGGUAUUUCGUUAUAUAUUUAGCAAUUAAGAAAACGUUCUACUAAGAAGGAAAAACACAAUUGGUGGAGAAUUUGACGUUUCUAAAAAUGGUUUGCGAAAAAUGCGAGAAGAAACUGGGAAAAGUGAUAACACCGGACCCAUGGAAAUCUGGAGCCAGAAACACGGUGGAAAGCGGUGGACGCAAAGUGGGUGAAAAUAAAGCUCUGUCUGCUGCAAAAAAUCGAUUCAAUCCAUACACUGCAAAAUUUGAGUGCUGUAGAAUAUGCAGGCAAAAGGUACAUCAAGUUGGGUCUCACUAUUGUCAAUCGUGUGCGUAUAAAAAGGCCAUAUGUGCGAUGUGUGGUAAAAAGCUAAUGAACACAAAGAAUUAUAAACAAUCGGCCACCUAAACGAAACGAUUACAAAGUAAGAGGAUAAUUACGAAAUUAAUGUACAGUAAUUAAUAUUUUUUCAUGUAUAUAGCAUAACUGUAAUAUCCAUACCAAGGCACUGCUCUUUUUUGUGUAGUCCUACAUUUGCCUUGUCGUUAAUCAUGGUAUAUCAUUUACGACAUCGAACAUAUCGCAAUGCAUUAAGAAUGGUAAACAAUAAGAUUUAUUGUUCUGUACUGCAAACGACUGUCUUUUUUAGUAGUGUAUAAUAAUGACGAUACAAAAUAAAAUAUACAAUAUCAAAUAAUAUUAUUAAAUAACGGCUCUUGUAUUAAGUAAGAACGUGUCUACGCUUUGAUUUUCUUAGUAAUUCUACAUAAACCUUCCAUACAAAACAGCGCCUCCUGCGCUAAUUAA